AUGGACGUGCUGAGCCGCUUCAUGGCCGCGGGUGUCCAGCCUUUCACCAUCGUCGUCGGCCAAGAGGUCGCCCGACACCUCCCCCUCGCCGAGUCCGGCCAACGCAACGUCCAAGACGCCCUCGACCAACUCGCAAGCUACCAGUCGAUCGGCAGCGUCCUGUGGUUCGGCUUCGGCCUCCGUGGCCUGGCACGCACCCUGGGCGCCACGGCAGAGGGGAGGAGCCUCCUGGCCCUGUGUGCGGCAUUGGGAGAAAGCUUCCACGAAGACUAUGCUGCCUCGGUGCUGCAUCAUCUCGUGCUCGCUUACCAACCACCCUCGGGCUUUGUACCCUCGCUCCAUGAGUGGCAACAGCUCGUCAAGGCCUGCAACGGCAUCCUGUCGCAGUCCAAAUUUCCCAUUCUCGUCGAUGCCUUUGUCAGGCUCGUCCCUCGCCGAAGGAGGCUCCAGGAGGCUCUGGAGUCGCGCCGCAGCGGCUUCUUUCUCGAAACCGAGUGCCCGUCGCCCAAAGACAUGGCCGGGGCUCUCUUGGCUCUCGGGAUGCUCAGGCGCGGCCAGUACGCGUUCGUCACCGUUGAAGGAGGACUCGGGUCGGGCUGGCUCGCAGCCAUGGCUGAGUGGAUGUACGACCUGGGCGUCGGCAUAUCCGAUCCCCGGGGAAACACCAUCUACAGGUCGCCGGGGCCGGGAGGAGAUCUGCGCCCGCACCUGUUGAUCCGCCUGAGCAAGCAGACUGUCGAUGUUCGGCACGUCGGUGCGUCUCCCGCGCAGGACCUCACGCUGGCCAGCAAGACCUACUACUUGAGGGACAAGCUGGGCAUCGCGAAGCUGCUGUGCAUUGAAGGGACGCCGUUCAGUGGCGGACGUCUCUCGUGGCACGAGUGCCUCGGUGAAGCCUAUGGCCUCGAGUUCGCAGAGCUCAUCAGGGCGUCUGAUCUUGUCGGCCGCGCCUUUGGCUGCGCGGCUCGCAUAUUUUCUGGCAUCUUGGCGUUCGAGCAGCCGGGGAUGGACAUUUACCACGCCGUCCAGACGCGCAACUAUUUCGAAGAAUCGGGAGGCCGAGGUUUCAUCCGAUUCUCCGUCCGGCGGUUUCCUGAGCUGGCGCCCCUGACACGCCGCAGCUACGAGCAACUGGCCCUGUCUUUCCAGGCUGCUCAGGUUAUGUAUAUACAGAGCCUGUUCGACAUCAGGAAGCUCUGUGCGUGCAACAUUUGCUCCGGCAGUGGGUCGCGGCCCAGCCUGGACAGCCUGUGUCUGCUUGCCGUCUUCGAGUCCGUCGUCAUUGUGUGCCAGAUGCUGUCGGGAAUGGAAGUAGCCGACGGCAUGGGUCUGAGGAGGGAUGGCCUAGAAUGGGUGUACCACAACGCCCACAACGCGCUCAUCGACAGUCCGAAGAGGGUCGGAUCGCCGGGACAGGCUCUCCUGCGGCAGACAGAAACGGCACGCAUCAUCACCUGCUCCACACAAGGGCAGCUCGCCGAGAGCGCCAUGAUGCUCUUUGGUGGCCGCAAAGCGGGGCAGCAGCAGCAACACUUCACUCUGGAUCGCGAGGCUCUCGGGCGUGUGCACGUGGUUGGAGGCCAUAUCGACUUGGAGGGCGCGUUGUAUGACCGCAUUCAGGAUGCGACAGGGUCUCCCGUGAUAUCCCAAGACCAUCCCGGCUGGCCGUUCUGGGCGGUUUCCCUCGCCAUCACGCAGCGGAUCGGGUCCUUGCAAGUCGACUUUGCGCUGGCCGACCAAGCCCGCCUCAGCCACGACACGCCGCUCAUCGGCCCCGCGUACUUGGUGGAAACUGCGCUGCGGGCGAGGGGCGCCGUACACUGCUACCGCUCAGCCAGCCGGUGCCACGAUCCGUCCUUGGCGACAAGCGUCCGCCCGAGUCGCCCCGGUUUCCUGCUCUUCUCCGACGCCUGGGAAGUCGUCAUCACCAAGACCAAUGACCCCAAGGAUACUACGACCCGGGGCGGCAGCGCGGGUGGCCCUGCAGACGCGCAGGCUCCCCUCCCGCUCUUGAGCGACGACGGCGGCACGCAGGACGAUGCAGGCUUUCAUGCUGGCGCCGUCAGUGCGGUCAGAUGUCGCCAGGGCCGUCACGCUCGUGACUGCGCGCAGCAAAAACUGCUUGACGGUGCUCUGUGA